AUGUUGUCCAAGCUUGUGAGUGAAGACGCGAAGAAAGCCCUUCCUGGCCAGACUAACCUGCUGCGAGCUGCUCAGGGCCAACUUGUUGUGAGAUUGUGGCACAGCCUCAAGGCUCCAGCUCUGGCCCCAAACGUUGGCUAGCGUUCAGGAGAUGCUGAGCAAAGAAGCCAAGAUCGUCAACAAGAUGCUGAUGGUGCGUUUUAUGCAGUCUAUGCUUGCCCUUUGAAGAAGGCGCAAGGCGGGCUUACAUUGUUUGACUCAGGCUAGGUUUGAAGCUUUGCAGGGCAACAUGGCCCUCGGAGCUGUUGAAGAUCCUGCUGCAAGGGCUAUUUUACUAGAUCUGUCCAAGGCAGAGACUGCCGCUGGCAUUGUCAAGCACAGGGUUGCAGCUAAGAUUGACAAAGUCUAG